GGCGUGCGCCGAGCACGAGAGCGCCGCGAGCGGCGCGGCCGCCGCGAGCCACGGCAAGGCCCAGAGGGUGCUCGCGCGGAUGCAGUGCGACUGGGUCUCCGAGGACCCCGGCCAGAACCAGCUCAGCGCGUGCCGCGGGACGCUGGUGUGGCUGUGGCCCAGCACGAAGACGGAGGCGGCCCUCGCGGCGCCGUUCGCGACCUCCGGCCACUACCAGGAGGAUUCUGAGCGCUGCUCCUGCGACUGGGAGCUGCGCAAGAUCAUCGACCUCCAGCAGGAGGUCGGCCUCCUCCAGUCGGAGGUGUGGGCGCUGCGGUGCCUGUUGUUGGCCGGGCUCCUGCUGCUCGGCGCCGUGGCCUCUGGUGCUGGCACGCUGGGCUUCCUGGUGGGGGCCUGCCGGCGCUGUCGCUGCGGCGGGCGAGAGCGCACGCCGAGCCGGGCGGCCGAGCCCGGCGCCCAACCGGCCGCGGCCUCGAGGGCGGCGGCGGGCCCUCGACGCCGAGCCGCAGGCAGCUGUAGCCCGAUGGCGGAUGUGCUGACGCUGGACAUCGGCGACCCGCAGAUCCUGGUCCACUACCCAGAUGACGAGAACGGCUUCCUCUGGCACCACAGAGUGCUGCUCUUCAGGGUGUCGGACGACAUCUGGAUCAGCUUGACCCCUGACCUCGCGCUGGUGCGCCUGAAGCUGCUGGACAUCCGGCACGAGGUGCUGGAGAGGCGAGCCCCGUUCCCGGCCCACCUGGGCCACCAGGUCUAUGCCCACGACCCCAUCGCCGCCGCCGCCCUGGCGGGCUUCCGCCGCCGUGCGAAGAUCCAGGGGCAGCUGCUGGGCGUGGGCCAGGUCGACGUGGUCGAGAGGAUGAUCUGGGUGGUGGCCGAGCCCCGGUCGGCGAGGUUCGGCGAGGUGAUCGACUCGGCCAUCAUGGACGACGACGCCCGCGGCACGGGCUUCGACACGAAGGGGGUGGCGGUCGUGGACGGGGAGGAGAUCUUCGUGCAGAAGAUCGCGGCCAGCAAGCUCGACGACUUCAAGAAGGAGACCAAGGCGGACCUCGGGGACGUGCGCACUCUCGGGGACCACCUCGACGAUGCUGGGCAGCGCUGUCUGAGGCUCUCGGAGGCGGUCGCGCUGAUGAGAGACACGGAUCAGCCGAACUUCCCGCUCGCCGGCGUGAGGAGCGUGAAGGAGUUCCUCGAGUCGGUGGCCUCGGGGCCCGGCAACAUGACGUCGUACCAGGCGGAGUGGGAGCGGCUCAGCGGGGUCGGUGAGGGUUCGGCAGUCAACCAUGUGCACCGCAACCUGUGCGAGGUGAUUCGGCUCAUGCGCUCCUGGGAUCAGGUCGACGCCUCCAUGCUGGCCUCUGCGGAGCUGAUCGUGCGCUGGCUGGUUCAGACGGAGAUAGCGGUAGAGCGCAACCCGCGCCACCCGGACUACAGCGGGCUGGACAUAGUGAUCUCGGCCCCGGUGAAUGCAGCGGGCCGCGCGACGACGAACAAGUUCAACUCCUGGGUCACGGACAAGCUCAAGGAGAGGGCGCAGAUCUGGAAGCAGGAGCGCCUGUACCGGGAGGAGCAGAAGACGAACCUGAAGGAGGGCAAGGGCGGCGACGGCUACGACCCGUCCAAGAAGAAGCUGAAGAAGAGAGGGGGCAAGGCCGGCGCCGAGGGCGCCGGCGAGGGAGGAUGA